AUGUUGAGAACAAUUACCGUUAAGCGUGCAGCACCUAUAUUAGCUCGCCAACAGCUCAGAACCCUUCCUUCCGUAGCACGCACCUUUGCUACUGAAGCAACUCCCGACCCAAAUGCCAACCCCAUCACUGGCAAGACAACCUACGGUAAUCUCAGUGAUGAGGAUCGUAUUUUCACCAAUCUUUACAUGAAGCACGACUUCCGUUUGAAGGGUGCCUUGAAGCGUGGUGAUUGGUACAAGACCAAGGAAAUGGUCCUCAAGGGUCAUGAAUGGAUCCUCAAGGAGAUGAAGGAAUCUGGUCUUCGUGGCCGUGGUGGUGCUGGUUUCCCUACUGGUCUCAAGUGGAGUUUCAUGAACAAACCCUUAGAUGGCCGUCCUCGUUACCUCGUUAUCAAUGCUGAUGAAGGUGAGCCAGGUACUUGUAAGGAUCGUGAGAUUCUUCGUGGUGAUCCCCACAAAUUGGUUGAAGGUUGUCUUCUUGCUGGUUCUGCCAUGAAGGCCAACGCUGCUUAUAUUUAUAUUCGUGGUGAAUUUUAUCAAGAAGCCAACAAUCUCCAAAUCGCAAUUGACGAAGCUUAUAAGGCUGGUUUGAUCGGUAAGAACGCUUGUGGUACCGGCUAUGACUUUGAUGUCUACAUUCAUCGCGGUGCUGGUGCUUAUAUCUGUGGUGAGGAAACCAGUUUGAUCGAAUCCAUUGAAGGCAAGCAAGGUAAGCCUAGAAUGAAGCCUCCAUUCCCUGCCGAUAUCGGUCUCUUUGGCUGUCCUACUACUGUCACCAACGUCGAAACCGUUGCUGUCGCCCCUACUAUUCUUAGACGUGGUGGUUCUUGGUUCGCCAGUUUCGGUCGUCCCCGCAACUCUGGUACCAAGCUUUUCUGUGUUUCCGGCCAUGUUAACCAUCCUGCCACUUUUGAAGAGGAAAUGUCAAUGCCUUUGAGAGAAAUGCUCGAGAAGCAUUGUGGCGGUAUUAGAGGUGGUUGGGAUAACUUGCUUGGUAUCAUUCCCGGUGGUUGUUCCGUCCCCGUCAUUCCCAAAGAUAUCUGUGAGGAUGUUUUGAUGGAUUUCGAUGCUCUUCGUGAUGUCCAAUCCGGUCUUGGUACAGCUGCUGUUAUUGUUAUGGACAAGUCUACAGAUAUUGUUGGUGCUAUUUCUAGAUUUGCCAAGUUCUAUCGUCAUGAGUCUUGUGGUCAAUGUACACCCUGUAGAGAAGGUACCAAGUGGCUCGAAUCUAUGAUGGAUCGUUUCGAAGUUGGUCGUGGUCAAAGAGAAGAAAUUGAACAAAUCUGGGAGUUAACAAAGCAAAUCGAAGGCCAUACUAUCUGUGCCCUUGGUGAUGCUGCUGCCUGGCCAGUGCAAGGUCUUAUCCGUCAUUUCAGACCCGAAUUAGAAGCAAGAAUGGACAAGUUCGCAGCCGAGAACCAACAAAUCAACGCUUAA